CGCUGCGGAGGUGAGUGCAGGUCUCCGAGCACUGUCGGUCAUUCCCUGUCCCCCAGGCUCUGGGUCCGAUUGAGACGCACUCCCACCCUGGGUGCUGCUGGGUCUCCCGUGGCCUACGCUGCCAGGAGGCCCAGGCUGGGAGAGGGAGCAGGGCGGCGGCCCGGGGUGCUCUUCCGCUCUCCUCGACUCCAGCUUUGGUCUUUGUGGCUCUAUAGCUUGCGCCCAUUGGAAGGGGAAACCCACGUUGCUGUCCCAGCCACGAGGCCCCGAGCAUUUAGCACUUGAUCGGCUGGGGGAAGAUGUGUCGGUGCAGCUGAAGGGUGGAAUAUUUGCGGGCAUGAAGCGGCACGAGGUGAUACCACAAGUCUUUUGACAUGCUGAGGUCUGGCAGGAACAUUAACCUAUGUGCAUCCUGAGUAUGCACCGUGUGCUCCCAGGCUCCUGACAUAGGGUUAUGAGUUAGGGCCGAGUGGGAGCGCAGAGCCCCUCCCAGUCACCCGGCAGCAGAAGAAGCCCGGCUUUUGGAGGACAUUAUCUCCUGGAUCAGUGUCAGUCCCAAAAGCUGCAGCCCUUCUCUGAGAGGGGACCAGGGGAUGGCAGCCAUACACCUGACAGCCUGGCCCCAGAAGUCGGUGACCUUUGAGGACGUGGCUGUGUACUUCACCCAGGCGGAAUGGGACGGCCUGUCCCCUGCACAGAGGACCCUGUACAGGGAUGUGAUGCUGGAGAAUUAUGGGAAUGUGGCCUCCCUGGGAUUUCCACUUCUCAAACCUGCUGUGAUCUCACAACUGGAGGGAGGAGGUGACCUGGGGGGCCCAUCUCCACUGGCUGCAGGAACAGGCCUCCAGGGCCUCCGGACUGGUAAGGGAGUAGAUAUUCAGACUGACAAUGAUUUGACAAAGGAAAUGUAUGAAGGGAAAGAGAAUGUAUCAUUUGUACUUCAAAGAGACUUUUCCCAGGAAACAGACUUUUCAGAAGCCUCUCUUCUAGAGAAACAACAGGAAUUCUACUCAGCAAGAAAUAUAAAGAAGGAGAAGAGCAACACCAUUGAUGGAACAGUGAAAGACGAGACAAGCCCUGUGGAGGAGUGUUUUUUUAGUCAAAGUUCAAACUCAUAUCAGUGUCAUACCAUCACUGGAGAGCAGCCCUCUGGGUGUACAGGAUUGGGGAAAUCCAUCAGCUUUGAUACAAAACUCGUUAAGCAUGAAAUAAUUAAUUCUGAGGAAAGACCUUUCAAAUGUGAAGAAUUAGUAGAGCCCUUUAGGUGUGACUCUCAACUUAAUCAACAUCAAGAAAACAACACUGAGGAAAAGCCUUAUCAGUGUUCGGAAUAUGGCAAAGCUUUCAGCAUUAACGAGAAAUUAAUUUGGCAUCAAAGACUUCACAGUGGGGAGAAACCCUUCAAAUGUGUGGAGUGUGGGAAAAGCUUCAGCUACAGUUCCCAUUAUAUCACACAUCAGACAAUCCACAGUGGGGAGAAGCCCUAUCAGUGUAAGGUAUGUGGGAAGGCCUUCAGUGUUAAUGGAAGCCUAAGUAGGCAUCAGAGAAUCCAUACGGGAGAGAAGCCCUAUCAGUGCAAGGAAUGUGGAAAUGGCUUCAGCUGUAGUUCUGCGUAUAUUACACAUCAGAGAGUCCACACUGGAGAGAAACCUUACGAGUGUAAUGACUGUGGGAAAGCAUUCAAUGUUAAUGCGAAAUUAAUUCAACAUCAGAGAAUCCACACUGGAGAGAAACCUUAUGAAUGUAAUGAAUGUGGAAAAGGCUUCAGGUGCAGCUCCCAGCUUAGGCAGCAUCAGAGCAUCCACACAGGAGAAAAGCCCUAUCAAUGUAAAGAGUGUGGAAAAGGCUUCAAUAAUAAUACAAAACUCAUUCAGCAUCAGAGAAUCCACACAGGUGAGAAACCCUAUGAAUGCACUGAAUGUGGAAAAGCCUUCAGUGUCAAAGGGAAGUUAAUUCAACACCAGAGAAUUCACACAGGCGAGAAACCCUAUGAGUGUAAUGAAUGCGGGAAAGCCUUCAGAUGUAACUCCCAAUUUCGGCAGCAUCUGAGAAUUCACACUGGGGAGAAGCCCUAUGAGUGUAAUGAGUGUGGAAAGGCCUUCAGCGUUAAUGGGAAACUAAUGCGGCAUCAGAGAAUUCACACUGGGGAGAAACCUUUUGAAUGUAAUGAGUGUGGGAGAUGCUUUACUUCUAAAAGAAACCUACUUGAUCAUCACCGAAUCCAUACUGGAGAAAAGCCCUAUCAAUGUAAGGAAUGUGGGAAAGCCUUCAGUAUCAAUGCCAAACUAACUAGGCAUCAGAGGAUACAUACUGGGGAGAAACCUUUCAAAUGUAUGGAAUGUGAGAAAGCGUUCAGCUGUAGUUCUAACUAUAUUGUGCACCAGAGAAUCCAUACAGGAGAGAAACCCUUUCAGUGUAAGGAGUGUGGAAAAGCCUUCCAUGUUAAUGCCCAUUUAAUUCGGCAUCAGAGAAGCCACACUGGGGAGAAACCCUUCAGAUGUGUGGAAUGUGGCAAAGGCUUCAGCUUUAGUUCUGACUACAUUAUACAUCAGACAGUCCACACUUGGAAGAAACCCUAUAUGUGUAGUGUGUGUGGGAAAGCAUUCAGGUUCAGCUUCCAGCUCAGUCAGCAUCAGAGUGUCCAUAGUGAAGGAAAAUCCUAAUAAUGAGAAAGAUAUAGAAAACUCUUAAGGUUAAUGCCAAAAUGGAUCAAGUAUGAUCAGAUUCAUCCAUUGAAAAACCCCCAAGAGGGCAUUAAUAUGGCAGAGUCUUCAUAUGGGAACGGUUUUUAUUUUAUUCAGUUUUAAUCAGGAAAGGAUGACCAGUUAAAGAGAAACAUCCAAAAAUAAAUAGCUUUGUUUUGUACUAACAGGAAUUAGAAAAUAUAAGGAAAAGAUUUCAUUCCCAGCAGCAUCAAGAAAAGUAGAUUUUCUAGAAAUAAACAGUUAUGGAGGACUUGUAUGGAGAAAUUUAAGUCUUCACUGAGGGCCACUUUACAAAGGAAAUUUGAAUAAAUGGAGAGAGAGAGAAGCCUUGUUGUUGGAUAGGAAAACCCAUACUAAAGAUACUCUACCUACACUAAUUUAUUUGUUUAAUUUUUGACAACAAGCAUGUAUUACUUUUGAAAGGAUGAAAAAUAAAGAUUUAUUUAAGAAAGGAAAAA